UUUUUUGUCUGUACGUGUGUGUGACGAGUCGACUGAUCGUGAAAUUAGCGUUUAUGUUCUAGUUCUAAUUAUUUUUAUUUCUCUUAAUUUUAAUUUGUUCGCCUAAUGUCUUAGCUGCCGUAGUUUUAGGAUGACCAUGGAAAGGAGGAUAAAAUUGAAAACACUAAAUAGCCACAUUACAUGCAAGAUCUGCCGUGGAUACUUCAUUGACGCUACCACAGUAACUGAGUGCCUGCAUACAUUUUGUAAAAGUUGCCUAGUGAAACAUUUAGAGGAGAACAACACAUGCCCAACAUGCAAUAUAGUGAUCCACCAGUCCCAUCCUCUCCAGUACAUCAGUUUCGAUCGGACUAUGCAGGAUAUUGUCUACAAACUAGUUCCAGACCUUCAGGACAAUGAACUGAAGCGCGAACGGGAUUUCUACCGGGCACGGAACCUGCCAUGUCCCAAAGAUGCUGCCCUAGCCAAUGACAAGCCCGGUGGGGGCGACGAACCUGACCAGCCUGACAACACAGACUGUCAUAGGAAGGAUGAACAGGUCAAUGUGUGUCUGGAGUGCAUAUCGACAUCGCUGCGUACACUGAAACGCAGCUUUAUCCGGUGCUCGGCGCAGGCCACUAUAACACACCUUAAGAAGUUUGUAGCUAAAAAAGUAUUAAAUGGAAUGGAGAAAUAUAGAGAAAUUGACAUCCUGUGCAACGAUGAGUUGCUGGGCAAGGACCACACGCUGAAGUUCGUGUACGUGACGCGCUGGAGGUUCCGCGACCCGCCGCUGCGGCUGCAGUACCGGCCCAAGAUCGACUUAUAGACACUGCUCUAGAGCGGUUCAAACUGGUUGCGAUAAACGUGUGUGACUACGUCUGAACGUAGAAAUUAAUUUAAAAUUAGGCUUCAUCCGUCACUCGUUCGACUAUAGUUCAGAUCUCGUAGACCAUUGACAAGUUGCACUCGUGUUGAUUAGAUAAUCUCGUUUAAUUGUUCCUUUUCGUCUGUGCCCCAUUGCUCCGUUGCGUUGAGCCAUGGAGCUCAAUGAAUGCUCAUGAUCAACGAAGAAAAUGUGUGGAGUUUUUGUUUUAUUUGUCAAUGUAUAACAUUGACAAAUCAAAACUCCACACAUUUUCUUAUACCUAUAUAAAACAACGGAGCGACAACGCGAUAGGUCGACGCAACGGAGGACGACGGAACAAUCGAGCCGCAGCCUUAGACGCGAUUGGUUCAAGUUUAAUUCAAUUAUUAAUCAGUCCAUGUUCUCAUUUUUACGCGAUAUUUGAUUUUUAAUUUAUUUUUCUUUUUUUGUAGUCAUUAUAAUAUCUAUAUGUAUAUAUAACAUCUAUAUAUAUGAAAAUGUGUUAAUUUUUUAAAAUGUUUUUCUUCAUUAUACAGUGUUAGUAAACCCGUAGCCGCACCAAUAUGUAUGGAAUCAAUAGCAAAUUUUCAUUUCUGUCAUCUGGUCACAGGGUCAGACCAUUUUUUUUAUAACGUUCCAGUAUUUGGAAAAAUUCUUUUAUAUGCAUUGUGCACACGUUACGGCCAGUUUAAACCUCACUUCUUGUGAAUCGGGUUGAAACCAAUAAAUAUUAUACUUGUGGUAAUUUAUUUUAAGAAUAGUUGUGGUGAUUCCACAGGGUGAUUCCUAUGUACAAUCUGUCAUUAACUAAAUUGAGAGUCGAUCACAGAAAAUAAUUUGGCAAGGAAAAUAAAAUAAUUUUUAAAUUGCGGAAACUGUUUUGGUUGUCUUCCAUGAUAUAUAAUAAUAAAUAAACAUUAUAGCAACAGAAUUUAUAGUUUUCCGUGAUCGACUUUUAUUUACCAUCGUUUCCAAUUUAGCUGUAAAUUACUAUGUUAAUUAAAUGUCCCUAACAGAAUAGUUAAUGAAAAAUAAGACUAUACUUUGUACACUUAAGUAGUAGAUUUAUUUUCUAAUGAAAUUUAUUUUUAUUUUCAAUUUUUCUUUGUUGCAUUGUUUGCAUAGACAUUUUUUGUUACCGUUUAAUUUUAGUUCAAUUUUGUUUUGUACACAAUAGUGACAAAGUGUCACUUUACUCAAUUAAAAGCUCAUUUUAUUGUGUAGGUAAGCAAUCUUUAUGUACUUUGGUUAUAUAAAAAUAUAUUAUUUAAAUAGGUACUUAGGCGAACUUAUGACCUGAAUAUAUUAUUUGAAAGUA